AUGACGAAAAAGCCCACUUUGGUUGACCGGGGAUGCAGCCCUGUUCAGUUUAUAGGACAACGUCUUAAUGUGGGAGACAUAACUAGUGAUAAACUCACAGAUCUCUGCGCCAGUGAGGAUGGGAACAGACAGCUUGCAUUGCUCCUCAUCAAAAAAGAGCCUCAAGAGACUGAAUGCAACAGCUAUGCACCAGGAUACUUUCUACUAAAGCAAGAGGGUGCUGAGCCCAUACUGGUGCGCAGAGAGCCAAAUAAGGACACCGUGGAAAGGGUUGUGAUCCCAUCAGCGUUGCAAACAAUAGCCAGACCCAAUAACAACCAUAGAGGAAAGUCACCAUCACCACUAGUGAUUCCUUCCUCUUGUAGUCGCAGAGUGGAUUCCAGUGGUCAAAAACCCAAUCAGACUAUACAACCCAGCCGAGGAACAUCUGAAAGAACAUUGGAAACCACUGAAAGCUUGUCUUCCCAAAACAAAAGACAGAAUGCCAGUGCACCAACACAGACAUCAACUUCUUCGGUGCUUCCCAAUUCAACCCAGACUCCUGCUUCCAAUGUUAACUCGUCUGUGCCAAUGAUUGAGCUGUCUGGUGCUCCAUCAAUACCUCAAACCAAGCCUACAGCUUCAUUAGUUCAUCGUCGACCAAACCCAAAUCCUCAAACAUCAAACCAGACAGUUGUUCCUCCAAGCCAAGUCUUAGUAACAGAGCCUUAUUCCUCCAAACAGCGAGUUCAGGCAUUGGUUUCACAUACUGAGAAAACUCUUUCAACCAUUGCCUCGCUAAACCAGGCCACUGAGCCAUUAACCCAAUGUUCCUCUCAAUUUACACAACCUCCAUUCUUUCCACCACAAUCCAGCAAAACACCAGCCCAAGAAAUGACUCCACAAGUACACACUGUCAUGCCAUCAGGACUCGUUCCUGUCGCAGCAGCUCCAAAGACUCUUCCACCAGUCCAGGAUCGGAUUCCCUCAUCCAGUCUUGUUCCUCCUCAAUCUCAUGUUUUUGCAUCCCCACAGGUAAUGCCAGCACAUUCUGUGAAUUCAAGUCCAUCAUUCCAGUUCCCUUUGGUUCUGCCACACAAUCCAGUUCAGGUGACACCACCUUCUUAUCUACCAAUGCAUGUUCCAUUUUCUUCUACACAUAUUCCAGUUAACCUAAUUCAGGGAUCCGUCUCCUUAAACCCACCUCAACCUCCACUCACGCAAUCUCAAUAUCCACCACAAUCCGAUCAAUUCUCCUCUUUUCCAGACCAGUUUUUUCCUCCACCCGAUAAUACGCCAGGUUUGCUUGAAUCUCUUGAUACUUUGCAUUUGCCUAUCAUGAUAACGCCACAAGAUGCCCCGGAGCAGGCACCCAUGCACCAUUUUCAGCCAUCUGGGCAGUUUGCACCUCUGCUAACACUGAAGGAGCAACAAGCUGCCGCUACCGCUUCUGCUAACGUUGUUUUAGGGCGAGUACCCAUUCCGUCUGUAGAUACCUCUGCGUCUCCAGUUGAUAACUUCGAAGCGAACGUACCAUUUUCACCAUGUUGCACAGAGAGAAAUGAUAAAGACCUUUUAGAAGAUGAUGACACACCCACCCUCCAGUCUAGACUUAGAAAACAGAGAAAGAUUUGCUCCAAAUCUAGACAAAUAGAUCCUGCAGGUGAGGAUGGCACACUUAUGGUAAAGGAUAAGAAAGUAGAUCAGGUGCAGAACGACUUGAUUAGUGAAACACCAAAUUCUGGCUCAAAUAACGGAAAUCAACUAUUACCAAAACCGUCGGGCAAAACACUGCAGAGAAAUACAGAGUGUCCCCAGUGUGGAAGGGUCCUCAGCAAUGCAUCAGCCUUGGAGAACCACAUGAGACUUCAUACUGGCGAAAGACCUUAUACCUGUUCCCAGUGUGGAAAGGCGUUUCCUAGUGUCCGAGGUCUUAACCGGCAUGUGAAGGUCCAUGCGGAGGAGAAGCGGUAUCAGUGUGAGGAGUGUGGGAAGAGUUUUGUAUACCACUUUACCCUUACUAAACAUCAGCUUAUUCACUCUGGGGAAAGGCCAUUUCCUUGUAAAGUUUGUGGAAAGAGGUUUUUGGCCAAGGCAGACCGGGCUACCCAUAUGCGAAUGCACACCGGAGAGAAGCCGUUCUCGUGCACUCUAUGUGGGAAGAAGUUUAAACAUAGAGUCGCUCUGAAUAUGCAUAUGCAGGGGCAUAGAGGAGAGACACGCUACAUCUGCCCCCACUGUGAAAAGGGAUUUGUGGAUCUAGGAAAUUUUAAAAGACACAAGCUCAUCCACACAGGGGAAAGACCGUUUGAGUGCAAGAAAUGUGGGAAACGCUUUACUCAGUCAGCCCAUCUCAAGAAACACAUCAACACACAACAUUUUACAUGAAAAAAAUAAUAAUUUGGAUUGUUCAAUAUUAAGCAUUCAGUUGAUCUACUGAUAAAUAUUCUGUUGCAGAAAAUAAAACGGUAUUAGGCCCGACUGUAAAUUCAUUUAUGAAGAUGCUAUUUUUAAAAUGGAAAAGUAAAAAAAAUAACUGCUUUCCUGCAUUAAUUUUGUGCAUGCUCUUUUUCUCAUAC